GGGUCAAACAUGGCUCCCUUCGAUACCUUUCUUAACAGAAGCACUUCACGUACCAAUAAAACUAGCAAAUAACAAUAACUUGUGCAGGUCUAAGAUCUCGUGGACUGAAAAUAAAUCAAUUGUUAGGUCCACUUCUGUUUGAACAUUCUGAAAAUGUCUCUCUACAAUCAGUCAACAAGUGCUAUAGAGAUAUCUUCUGAUGAGGAAGGAAACCUUAUUGUAGCUUUGGAGGAUACUUCAACUGUUUCAAAAACUGUGGUGUCCAACUGCUCUAAAAGUGAACCAGGUAGCUUUAUGGAGGAAAAACUUAAUACUUUAAUUGACAGUUAUUCCAAGUGUACUGGUCCUCCAUUGAAUGGAAAUAUUGUGUAUAGAAUGCAACCCUCCAAUGUGGCACUGUUUAAGAGGUGUAUGCAAACAGCAUUUACUACUAGUAAACUUGAUACAGAUUCUGUAGAACGGUUUGAUAAUGCUGUUUUGAAGCUCCAGAAAGAAGUCCAAUAUUUAGCAAAGAACAGUAGUGACUGGCCCAGACUUGUAGAACUUUUAAAUAUGCCUUUUACUUUCAACAAAUCAGGAAAAUUAUCAAGCACUUUAACUGUAACAGCAGUUGAGGCAUGGAAUAAUCAAGGAGUUGAACUCAAUGAAGAGUAUGGAAAUACGUCCACCAUGGAAGGAUCUAGUAAUAAUAAACCCAGUGUGGAAAUAUCUUCUAAAGGGAUAAGUCAGUCUGAUGUGUAUAUGUGUACAGAUGAAACUAUUCCUGGUGUUGUUGUUGUGGCAUCUGCUAAAAAGGGAAAUGAGCCUAGUGUGGCAGAGAAGGUUGGGAUAAACACCAAGAGUAAGAUUUUAAUAAAAACCAGCUGUUGUUCCAGGUGUUUUUUGAGCAGCAGAGAGCUGCAUCAAACCCGGAAGACAGUCAGAUUGCUUAAAAACGCAUGCCGCGCUCUAAAACUACCUCUAAUAGGACGUCUGGAACAAACUGUGAAGAGCAAAUCCAUAGAGAUCCAGGAGCUUACAAAUAAGCUAAAGAAAAGUUUGGCAGAGGAGAAAAACAAGAAUGAACUGGCUGUUGUAAGUGCCCGUAAAAAUGUAAGACAUUUUAAAAAAUUGCAUUCAAAAUUGAAAUGUUCAAUGCAGACAUUUGGAGAAGACAGUAAGAAGACUAUGCUUGAGUUGGAAAACAAAAAAAAAGAGAAUGAAACUGAAAUAGAAAAUCUAAAGGCGGAAAUAGCCAAAAUAGUGGCAGAGAAUAGAGUGAUAGAAAAAGAAACAGAUACAUAUAUCGAUAAGCUCCAUUCUGCGUUAAAUUCUUGAUUUUUAAGGUGGGUAUAGGUGUAUAAUAUUAGCUCAGUUAGUCAUCAAGAUUAACAUUGUUAUUUGUCUGAAAGUGUAUAUUUGUUCUGUUUUUCGCAUGAACAAAUUAUUCAGUUAUUUUUUUCAACCUGAUGUUAAUGGAUUAAAUAAUUACAGAUGUAAAUUGAAA